UUUCGGAAUGAGGUACGCGCUUAAAAAGCUAUGGAAGUGGGGAAUAUCUUUUGACCUAACACUCCUUAGGGAGCUUCAACCAUUUGAUAUUCUAGGAUUCUCCUUGUUCCGGAAUUAAAGUAUCAGGACGCAUAAAAGCCGGACCAUCUAAGGCAGCUAUGUUCGUGACGUAUAGCAUUAAGCAAGCUAGAUGAUGAAGAAUAUAAAACAUCGUGGUAGGGCACAACUAACUGGCUAUUUCGAUUAAACCAGAGAGACAUCGACCAUCUUGAAGAAUACCAAGCCUUUUCUGUUUCCCCCCCUUAAACUUUCAGCUCCAAGCCCAAUAAACCUAAACGUACACCCAACAUAUAGGUCAACGAUAAAAAUGCCCCAGAUCGCCGGCAAAGAAGUAGGCCCUAUCGGCUUUGGCCUCAUGGGACUAACCUGGCGAGCCAAGCCAUGCUCCCAAGAGCAAGCCUUUGAGACGAUGCGUGCGGCGCUCAAGAAUGGAUGUAACUUUUGGAACGGCGGUGAAUUCUACGGUCCGCCCGACUACAAUAGUUUAGUGCUCCUUGAAAGAUACUUCGAAAAGUAUCCCGAGGAUGCCGACAAGGUUGUCCUCUCCAUCAAGGGUGGCUUCAAUACUGCAACCAACCAGACGGACGGUUCGCCCGAGAAUACGCGUCGUAGUAUCAACGACAGUACGGCCCAGCUCAAAGGUCGCAAGAAGAUGGACCUGUUUGAGUUCGCCCGUCGGGACCAGAACGUACCACUGGAAGUCACAUUCGAUGUUGUGAACAAGGAGUUCAUCCAGACAGGUAAAAUCGGAGGCGUCUCCCUCUCUGAAGUGCGAGCAGAGACGAUUCACGAAGCUGUCAAGCACGUAAAAGUCCACGCUGUAGAAGUGGAACUCUCAUUGUUCUCGACCGAGGUGCUAGAGAACGGCGUAGCAGCAGCUUGCGCCCAGUACGGUAUCCCGCUCGUCGCAUACUCGCCAGUAGGCAAGGGCAUGUUAACGGGACAGAUCAAGAAGAUUGAAGAUAUUCCAGAGGAUUCGCACCUGCGGAUGUUCCCCUGGUUUUUGCCGGGAAACUUCGAGAUCAACAUGGAGCUGGUCCGCCAGGUCGAGGCGAUGGCCAAGAAGAAGGGCUGCACGCCGGCCCAGCUCGCUAUCAACUGGACCAGGGCGCUAUCGAGGCGUCCCGGGAUGCCGACUAUUAUCCCGAUUCCCGGCGCUACCACUGCGGCGCGCGUGGAAGAGAACAGCAAGCUCAUAGACAUUACGGAUGAAGAGAUGGCCGAGAUCGAUGUUACUUUGUCGAAGUUCAAGCGAGCUGGCGAUCGCUACCCUGAGGGCAUCCCUACAAACACCUAAACGCACGAAAAGCUUACUUGCGGGGUGUUAGCCAAAUCUAUGACAAAUACAUUCUCCAUACACACAAUGUUUUGAUAGGAUCUAAGCGGUGAUAACAUAGGAGGCACACUUAGUAGUAUAUAGGAUAAAUAUAGCAGACAUAUAGAGUGACUUUUUCAA